AUGGGCUCCAGUGCACGAAAGAAAAGAGAGAGGAAGAAAGACUUCCAGAAACAGAAACUGAAAGUGGGCAAGGCGAAACCCAAGGCUGAGAACCAUACCGACACGACUUUCAGAUCCCAAGCCAUCGUUUUGAACCAGCAGCUAGAUGUCCACGCGCCUUCGCAGUCUACGAUAUUUCUUCAUCAACUCUCCCUACUCACCUCCCCAUCCGCCACUCAGAGGAGAGAUGCCCUUGCUUCCUUGACGAGUUUUGUCGCUUCUAGCCCCUUGACAAGUAGUUUGCCAGUUAACACCAGUUCUCUUCUCGGUACCAUCUGUCCUCUCAUGCUCGAUGGCUCAGCCGGCGUCAGGACUCAGUUGCUCAAGCUUUUUCGCGCAUUGCCCAGCGAAGACAUCCAAGAUCAUGUGAGCAAGGCUUUGCCUUACUUGCGUGCAGCUAUGACACAUCUAUCGCGGGAUAUUCGAUCCUCGUCCCUUGAUUUUGUAUCCUAUGUGAUCAAAGCCGCUGGCCCAGAAUUGAUCUCGUGCCCUGGUGGCUGGCACCAAACCUUGGAAUGCUUUACGACAGUCCUUGGCUGGAGGUCAGUCGACGCCAGCAGAUGGUCCUCCACCAAAGCAUCAUUCGCGGGGGACUCCAAGUCUACGGCUCGAAUAAUGCAAGUUCUCGCUGAAUUCUUGCAAGCUGGUCUUGUUGGGGACGAGCAAUCUCCAUCUAACACUAAUCCACUACUCGCACACUUUCCCCUCUGGGAAGUUGAAACACUCCUUGUGCCAGAGAGAUCUAAUGCAUAUGCUUAUCUGAAUCUCUUUGGGCCGCAGAUAGAGGACGAGACCAAAAUUCUCGACGACCAACAAGAUCGACAGAGCGACUUCGCACAAAAUUUCCAGGGACAUAUCUUGGCCGGCAUUGAUGCCGCCAGGAAGGAAGGUGGAGAGCUAGGCCGUGCCGCAGGUCUGCUAGUGAAGACACUGGAACGCGCACAAUCUUCUUGA